UGUGUUGUUCUCGCUCAACUCUGCUGUCGCCAGUGAAGACUAGCUGUGAUAUUCAGCUACAGCUCCGUAGGAAUAGUACCAUUCCACGCCAACAGGGAAGAGUUCCUAAUGGUGGCAAUAUGAAGAUGAAAUCUGUAAAAGAGAGAGCGAAGAGAGGAGAGAAAAAGCACGAUGCCAUCCAAGUAAAACAUGAAUCUGAAGUAGAGCAGGAGGCUGACGAGGACUCCAGUGAAGAGUACACUAAUGGAGAUGAUCUAAAUAUCCUGAUAAAGGAAGAACCACACUCCCUGGAGAUCGGAGGGAAUAGCAGCGGGGACACGUCCAGCUGUUUUGACACUAACCCUGAGGCUGUGGCGGAGGAGGCUGAGCCGCACGGACACCUGAAGGCCGAGUAUGACUCUGAUGAGCAGCCUGGGUGUGAGUUCAGAGAUGCUGCUGUCAAGGAAGAGUCCGACUUAUGGAUCAAAGAGGAAGGACAGAGUGAGGAAGAGGAGGAAGAUGAGGAUGCGGGAAACAUCCAAGAAGAUUUUGAGGAAGGAGAAGUCGUCUCCACAGAAUCAUCGUCUGAGUUUUUCCCAUGUGCUCACUGCACCGUCUCCUUCACUGACUUGGACUUCUUGGAGAAACACGUGAAGUGGGUCCACCAGAAAGAGUAUCUUGCUAAUCUUAAGAAAUGCCUCCCAAGCCACACAUUAAACUUCAUCCCCAAACACACCUGCACCAUCUGCAGCAGCAGCUUUAAAUCCAAAGUACACCUCAGGGUCCAUAUACGUGAGGUCCACCCCUCCGCUCCUCCCCGCAGGCUGCAUCCUUGCCCAACCUGCGCUCGCAGCUUCCAGUACCUGAAGAAUCUGAAGAACCACUGUCAGCGCUGGCACAACAUGUCCGUGGUUACCAGAGGAGGACAUCUCAGCUGCGCCGACUGUGGGAAGAGUUUCAAAGCUACGUGGGGUCAAGGACCCCAUUUGUGUAAUGAACCGGAUAACGGAGAAUCUGAAGAUAAGCCGAUCUGUCUGGACACAGGUGUGCAGUGUUCACAGUGUGGCAAGAGGGUGCGCACCCCUCAGAGCCUGGAGGAUCACAUGCGCAUCCACACGGGUGACCGGCCGUUUGCCUGCAAAGACUGCGGCAGGAGGUUUGUGGAGCGCAGCAGCUGGCGGCAGCACAUGAAAAUACACACCGGAGAGAAGCCGUACAAGUGCGACGUGUGUGGCAAGGCUUUUAUAAGAUCACACCACCUCAAGUGCCACUUAACUACACACUCUGGCAAGAAGGAAUACUCUUGCCCCGAAUGCGGAAAGGAGUUUGGAUUCAAGUCAAGUCUGGAUCUCCACGUGAGGACCCAUUCAAGCGAGAGGCCUUUUCAUUGCAAUGUGUGCGGAAAGAACUUUAACACUCGUAGAAACCUGAGGGUUCACGCCAAGCUUCACACUAAAGAGAAAGCUCACCAGUGCGGCGACUGCGGACUGAAGAUCGGAGAUCUCGGGGCUUUAAAAAUACAUUUGCGGACACACACCGGAGAAAGGCCUUACCACUGCACCAUCUGCGGUAAUAGGUUCAUUCGCCUUUCACACCUUCGGAACCACCAACGCACCCACACUGGCGAGAGACCGUACAAAUGCACUGAAUGCGACAAGAGUUUCACUCAGUCGGGCGACUUGGUGAAGCAUAAGAGGAUACACUCUGGGGAAAAGCCCUUCGAAUGUCCAGAUUGCCACCGCUGCUACACUUCCUCCGGCGACCUGGGGAAGCACAGGAGGAGUCACACUAAUUUACGGCCCUACACUUGCAAAGAAUGUGAAAAAAGCUUUCGCUUGUCAGGCCAUCUGAAAACCCACAUGUUAACCCACACGGGGGAGAAGCCUUACUCUUGCCCCAACUGCCUCCGGAGGUUUGCUCGCUCUCACCACCUCUCUGGGCACAUAGCUAAAUGUCGCUGAGCGUACCAGAGGAAACUGUAAAUACAACGGUACUGUUUGAAACUGACAUUCAUGUAAGCUGUAUACCAUUUAACACUAACAAUACAAUGAAUGUGUAAGCGUAUGAAAUCACUUGUGAAUAACUAUUUACAGCAACACUCACAAAUCAAGUGACAACUUGAAAAGAGAAAUGAAAUUAAAAAAUGACUGACGAUCAUGCAUGAAACUUUACACAACUGUACAAUGUAGUUCUAGAUUGGUUUUUGCAAGACACUAAUGAAGGAGAGUUCAUUGUCAAUAUGAAAUGUUUACUUCCAUGACUGAAUUAUCUCUGAAAAUAAAAAUAAAUGAUGUGAUA